CUGAGAAAAUUUUCACAGAAAACAGUGUGCGUUAUUUUCAGAUACGCAGAUCUCUAUGCUUCAUCAUGCUAUAACCUGGUGCACUAUCCGUCUUUCUAUUUUUUCCGUGCUGCAAUGCAAUUAAUGCCACAUGAGAGUACUGUGGAUCAUGCCUCGGUACUGAACAGCUCUAAAAAGGAUCUAUUCAAACGACAGCAAAGUGUUGGGCAGCAAGUACGUGGAUGGGCGAAGAAGACUGCAAAUGAGAACGAGUUCUGCCAUGAGGAGGAAGAGGACGAACAAUCCAUCAGCGACGGCGAGCCAGCUGGACGUCUUCGUUCGAAAUCACUCAGCGACGAUACAGCUGAGGACGAAGUGGCUGACACUGAUGUUGUCGGCGUGCCACCGGCUCAUGUCGACAAGCAGAAAUAG